AUGUCACAUUCGACUCUUUGCACAGCAUGUCUUGACAUCUUUCAAGGGCACUAUAUCCCUCUGCAGGGUCUGUCUAAGCAGGCUCUCGAUUUUUGGUCGUCCAAAUCCAAGAGUGAAUGCAAGUUCAGAAUCGAUGACAGUGCAGAGAAAGACCACCCGGUCCCUCAUCUCCAUCACAGUUUACACGAUUUGCCAAAAUCUGCGGAUAGUUGCGUUCUUUGUGCCAUGAUGUGGGAAAGGCACAGGCUCGACAAACAGGCUGUCUUUGCUUCUGACAGCCUGGAAGAAAUGGAGGUAACGAAAAAGGAUGUGUUUGGGAUCCCCGUCGUUCUCCCGCAUCAUACAGCAUCUUUGGGCAUGUUCACGCUCGCCAUGUUCUGGGCCUUCUGGGACGGGAGCGGGUGGUAUCCAUAUGACUUCCAAAUAUAUCCUGGAUUUCACGCAAUUAGUAUUUCACAGGGAGACAACAGAGAAAGGUGGAAGCCUGUGUUUGAUCGACAACAGUCACUAUUGCGAAUCAAAAGCUGGCUUGAUUCAUCCCCAACAACCUCAGACUUGAAUCUUCGACUGCCCACAAGACUGCUUCAAUGCCGGCCAAGCCCUGAAGGGAACCCCACUGUCAGAUUGAUUAAUACCAAAAGCCUCGACACAUCUACUCGAUAUUGUGCCCUCAGCCAUCGUUGGGGUGCGAUACAACCUCUUAUGUUGAAACAGUCUCUCCUCGCUAAACUUGCCGAGAAUAUUCCCUUUGAUUCGAUCCCGGCUACAUUCCAAGACGCUAUCAAUUUAGCGAAUAAGUUGGGUAUUGAGUAUGUAUGGAUUGACUCGCUCUGUAUCAUCCAAGAUUCCCAGGACGACUGGCAUACUGAAGCCUCGCACAUGGCAUCUGUUUACUCUCAAGCAUAUGUUACUAUCUCAGCUACUUCUGCGCAAGACUCAGCAGCUGGUCUGAAAGGUCAGGAUAUGAUGCUUAAACAUCCCUGUGAGAUUACACCAUCAUGGACAGGUUUUGAGAACCAGAUUUCCCCAGGCCCUGUUCGGAUAAUAGACAAAGGCGCCUUUUGUGAGGAGGUUCUCUCACAGCCUUUGUUUCGAAGGGGAUGGGUAUUUCAAGAAUGGAUUCUCUCUCCAAAGACAAUCCAUGUAGCUCGAGACCAACUUUGGUGGACAACAGCUUCGAGCAUGAAAUCCCAAGGUUUUGCUUCAAACGAAACUUGCGAUGGGUAUGCUUUCGACGUCUUUCAAGAACACGUUAACGCAGUGGCACCUGGGGUUCUACACUCCGCCAAAGACAAUGACGAAGGGACUAUUCGGCUGGCAUGGUACAACAUUUUACAAGAGUACAUGACACGUUCUCUUACUUUCGAGUCCGAUCGCCUGGUAGCAAUUGCUGGUAUUGCGGAUGUAUAUCAGCGCUAUGCAAAAAUGCCUCCAAACUCGUAUCUUGCAGGACUCUGGCGUCCUGCUCUCCUUGCAAGCCUGUUAUGGUUUGUAAGUGAGGGAAGAAAGGUGUUGCCGCCGCAAAACUACCGCGCUCCAUCUUGGUCGUGGGCAUCGGUCGAGCCAGAUCCAGAUUCUUCGGGGAGAUUUACGAUAGGAAACAGAGGGCUUGCUCGUGAUUGGAAAGAAAGCAAGGUGCCCUGGAUACCCGUGGCAACUGUCAUGGACGCAGCGGUCACAACAGUGGGAUCUGAGUUUGGAUCCGUUUCUGACGGCUCUGUGGUCUUGCGCGGUCCAUUAUUCAAGGCUCGUAUUUCAAUGUCUAUGCAAGAUUUCACCGGUCGAUUUACACCGGAACACGCCGCAGAGUUUCUACCAGGUGGAAAACUGCGAUUUGUGCUGAAACGGGUGACGCUACUCACGCAUCUAGAAAUCACGACAGCUGAUUCUCCAGAUGUACUGGACAAUGUGUUCCCCACUGCCUUGGCUGAAGACGAAAUCACCAUCUAUCUGGCUAUCCUCUAUUGCCGCAUGAUAACAGAUGGAAACCCUGCAGGGGAAGCGCUGAUCCUUACAAGAGGCAUCCAAAAGGGAGAGUAUCGCAGAAUUGGAUACCUAGAAAUGUCUGAAGAUAUGAUGCGCCCGUGGGCUAAAGAUAGGGAUUUUGGUGUGUUUGGAACCCUCGCGGAUGAACAGGAGUAUCUCGGCGCUGGGGAUGAUUCUUGUCUCUAUAAUUAUCGUAUUGUCUAG